GCUCUGAGGAAGCAGCAGCAGCAGCAUCAGUCAGGCUGGUCAGCAGCAGCCGGGAGAUUAUCACUGACAGCGAGUGCACGGUGCAGGUACAGUGUGAUGAGACUGCUAGUGCCACUCAGGGAGGCUGCACACAGGGAGACUGAAUGUAAUAAACCAUAGGAGAUGUAACAUCUUGAAGUUUCCCUUUGUCAUCAAGCAGGCAGGGUGCAGUGAUGUGACAUCUGCAGAGAGACAAAGAAAAGACAGGUGGCACCAUGGAAGGCAUAAAGAAUGAGGCAACAUGCUCAAAAGACAAGAGAUGGAAAUUCCUAGUUGUUGGAGUACUACUUACAUGGCUAAUUCUGGCCCACCUCCUGGUGAAUAUCUGGCUGCUUCUCCUCUUCUCUGGAUUCAUGGCGGCAUUGGGAGCCUGGUUGGGGCCACAGUUUAUACUUGGAAGUGCAACGCCUAUUCACCUAGAGAGGUUUAUCUCCCUAGAUGUAAACAACCAGUCUGCAGACGCGGAGAGGCAACUAGACAAAGAAAUUGGACUAACUGUACAGAAGAUCGUCCAGGACUUUGUAUCCUCUUGGUACCGCAGGUUGAGCCAUGAAACUGCGUUUGAAGAUGAGGUCAGAGGAGUGAUGUGGGAUUUGGCCAUGGAACUCAAGAAGAGAUUGAUCUGCACCGAUCGGGAAGAGUUGACACGACAGUUACUGAUUUUGGCCGGUUGUCAUCUUCAGUGCUACAAGUGGGCCAAUGCACGUGUUGAAGGCAUCCACAACCCGUCUGAGAGAGAACUGCUAUUGUGGGAGGCUUACCAAGAACUUAGUCCUGCUCACCAAGCUUUGAGUAGCCCAGUAGAAGAAGUGAACCAUGCACGAUGGUUGGUGGAACUUUUGUUGACUGAGCUAGUCCCAAAACCGCAUUUGGAAACCCGCACUGGGAGACAUUUAGUUGUGGAACUCAUCGCAUGCAAUGUUGUGUUACCACUGGUUGGACGUAUGUCAGAACCAGACUGGAUCAACAUAGUCUUGACCAACGUGUUUUCCAAGACGCCACUGAAAGUGGAAGAAGUGAAAUAUGACACCCCUGUUCCGCCAGCAGUUCCAAAAUCCCUUCCUUUGGGGUUAGGACAAGAACCAAAUCCUCAGCUUGUCCUGCCUUCACCCAUACCGUCUAACACCUCCAGCUAUGAGGUGAUUGAUAGCAGUGAUGUAGAGCAUGACAGUGAGGUGAGAGCGAGAGACCCACUGGAUGCUAUUGAUGAGUUAGGGUCUUGCAAGGAUAAGCUGGACAUUUUCUCAGUGCAUUAUUUGCAGCCACCAAAACCCACCAGCCCUUUCUUUCUCUGUGAGGAAUCUGAGCUGGAAUCUCCUCUGUCUGAUCUGGGACGGGAAUUGGACCCCCCACUGAACUUAUCUGAAGACCUGCUCUCUGACUGCUGCUUGGACGCGUUGACCCCAGCUGAGAGCCCCGUUGUCCCCAUACACGAUGAAAGUAUAGGGACCUUGUCAGAAGAUGGGUGUAUGUCUCUCCAUGGUGGAACGCCUUCCCGCCCAGAAAUUCUCAUUGAGUCUACAGAACUCACUUCAGAAUUUACAACCACUCCACCAAAUGACAAAGAGGGUUUGAGUCCAAUUGACGUGUCCUCCAUAAUCACUUCUUCACCAACAGCCCCUAUUCAUCCUUUCAGCUUUGUGCCCCUCAGCAGCCCAGACGGACCUGUGCUUAUUGAGAACCUCCGCAUCACGGGUACUAUCACUGCCCGCGAGCAUAGUGGGACAGGAUCUCACCCGUACACACUCUAUACUAUAAAGUAUGAUACAGCUCUGGACAGCCAGUCUCUGGGCACCCUGCAGCCAAUGGCCUAUCACACAGUCAACCGGAGGUACCGCGAGUUCCUCAAUCUUCAGACCCGCCUGGAGGAGAAGGCUGAACUGCGCAAGUUCGUUAAGCACAUUAAAGGACCCAAGAAGUUUCUUCCAGAUUUGCCAUUUGGGAACAUGGACAGUGAGAAGGUGGAGGCACGAAAGAGCCUCCUGGAGUCAUUUCUAAGGCAACUCUGCGCAGUGCCGGAGAUUGCCAGCAGUGAGGAGGUGCAGGAGUUCCUGGCUCUGAACACUGAUGCCCGGAUUGCAUUUGUGAAAAAGCCAUUCUUGGUCUCGCGGAUAGACAAGUUUGUGGUAAAUGCCAUUGUUGACACCCUAAAGACGGCGUUUCCUCGAUCUGAACCCCAGAGUCCGACAGAUGAGCUGAGCGAGAACGAGGUGGACGGGAAAUCUCAGAACGACAACAAAAAGAGUGCAAAAUCUCGUCUCCGGUUCCCAUCCAGUAAAAUUGCUCCGGUGCUGAGUUCGGUUGACACCCAGGAUAGGAUCCUGUACUCUGUACGAGAGAGCAGUACCGUGUCCGACGUCCUGCCAGUCUGCGCUAUGGAGUCCUUUAUCCAAAAGCAGGAACAGGCGCUGCAGGAGAGCGCUGCAUCUCAGGAAAAGCCACCGGUGCCCAGCACGCGGUCUCGGGUCUCCUCCAUCAACCCCCAGGCAACAGGUCUGGGCAGUGGUCCACCUGCCAGAACAGGUCUGGGCGGAGGUCCUUCUGCGGUGGCUCUCGAGGUGCUGUGGUUGGCGAUGAGGGAACAGUGGAGCUGGCUAUGUACAGAUAACAUGCAGAAAGUCACCCACCUCCUGUGUGGUAGCCUUAUCCAGAGGUGGCUAGAAGUCCAAGUGGCUAAUUUCACCUGCAUGGAACGCUGGGUCCUCUACCUCCGCCUUCUUCAGCAAGCUAUUUGGCCCAGAGGUGCCCUGCGUACCCAGCCCCGGCCAGCCAGGACACAAGAACAGAAAGAUGCAGCCCAUGAUCAGGCGUUGCACAGUCUUAUGGGUAUUUUACCAGAUCUGGUCCAGGAGAUGUUGGGGACUGAGAAGUGCCAGCAUGUCUGGCAGUCUGUUCUGGAAUCACUUCAGCACCCACAAAUUAACAGACAUUUGCUGUACUGUAUAUGGGACAUCCUCCUGGAGAGCCUGACCUGUGAUCCCCCAUCGUAGUCGGAUGCCCCCUACUGGUCUCUCUCUAUUUGCACUUCUCCAAGCUGCGUUGUUAGUGCAGUAGGACUCACAAAACCGUGGAAAUGCACUCAGCAAAUCCCGACUACACCGGAUCCACUGUCCCAGACAGGACUGAGCAUAACCUGCCAUCAGGGGAUCCUGCAGAUCUCACGGCUGGGAUCCAGGUGUUAAUUUCCAGCGUGGUGGCCGUGUGCUGGUCUCUGUACUUGUAUGUCCGUAUUCUUUUCAGAGAAUGUCCAAUAGCUCAUGAGUUUUUCAUGUAUUGUUUUUAAUUUGAUUGUACACAAAAGCAAACGUCACUCUGCGAUCAUAGGUAUAAUCCGGGUAUUUGCCUUUUUGGGGCACUUAGUGAAUGCACCAUAGGUGUAAAUUAUGCACACAGACACUUGAUACCUAUGUAUAUUUACACACUUGGCGCAAUCACGGCAAAUGUCCACGUGGUGAAUGUAGUUUUACACCUGAUCACAGGGAUGUAAUGACUGGAUUAUAAAUCACGUACUAGCACACUUUUAUUGGACACAUUAAAAGGACGGGAUAAUUGGGAUAUGAAGGGAGAGCGUCAGCCAGAAGUCACGUGACGAGUUGGCUGCACAGUUAUUGGAUUGGUGUAUAAUCACAUGGUUGCUUUAGAAUGGCGCUGUAAAACACCUGUGUUCCGGCGCAGCCACUGUCGAGGAAAGCUUGUGUGUCUGUAUGCUAUUACUGUGUUAUGGCUGAUAUGUUGUGUUUUUACUGUUAUGUCUGGUUAUACUUAUUAUGUUAAUGAGUAAAUUGCUGUAAUCCCAAA